UUCAGUUUGAUAUAUUAGCUUAUUUUUGUAUGGUUACAGGUGGUUUUGACACAUCCUAUGCUGCAGCAAGAGCAUAUGAUCGAGCUGCAAUCAAGUUUCGAGGAACCGAUGCGGAUAUCAAUUUUGAUUCAAGUGAUUAUGAGGAAGAUCUGGCCCAGAUAAAGAAUAUGUCGAAAGAAGAAUUCAUUCAUAUAUUGCGUCGACAGAGUAACGGAUUCUCACGUGGAACUUCAAAAUACCGAGGAAUAACCCUUCACAAAUGCGGUAGAUGGGAGUCUCGCAUGGGUCAGUUACUUGGGAAAAAGUAUGUUUACCUUGGAUUAUUCGACAAUGAAGUAGAAGUUGCAAGGGCUUAUGAUAAAGCCGUUGUUAAAUGUAAUGGAAGAGAAGCUAUCACUAACUUUGAGCCGAGUACUUACGGUUACGGUGUAGAAAUGAAUUAG